ACAUGUAUUAAAAAAAAAAUAGAAAAUGGAGAGAAGUGCUAAUGAUAAAUCGGUUUUCCUUUGAAGUGUUGAAUUUAAAACGAACCCAAUAGGGUUACAUACGUGUUUUACAACGUUAAAGACUGAGUUUCACAAAACCAAUAUGUUUUUAUGUGAUAAAAGCACAACGGGAUCGGGAGCGGAACUUUGCUUUGGUCAUUUCAUUUACAGUAACAUUUUUUGAUUUCAUGUUUUCAUUCGGUUAUUAGGAUUAGGAUUUUUGUAUUUUCAUUCCAUUUCAUUUCUUGCAAACAUCGUAUUGUUGUUAUAAACUUAGUAUUUAAUUAGUUUUUAGGGUUGUUAAGGUUAUAUCAUAAGCUUUCACUAUGAAUAUUCAAGUUUGUAGGGAUACAUCAGACGCUGUGGCGUUGUAUCUGCCUCAGCGUUUGUAUCUAAAGCCAUUUGCAAAGCUAAAUAUUUCUGUACAGCUCCCUCCCCACAAGGUCCACGGCAAGUCGAUAUCAAACUGGGAAUUGAUGGAGAAACUUCGCAAAAUGAUAAUACCUGACGCCUUCUCCAUACUAAAAGUGAUGAAGCAUAGUUCGGAAGUGAUAAGGUUUGAUGCCGAGUUAGAGCAGCGCGACAGGCUCGAGCGCGUCAUAGCGCGGCUGGAAGGCCGCAUCAUCCAGUUAAAUGACUAUCCGGAUCCAUUAAAAGUGAAAGUGUCCGAAUCCAAGGUGGAUUUCCCGUCCCGUCAUUCUUGGGACUCCUUCUUCCGCGACGCGACAGACAUGGACGAGAUGAAGCCUGGUGAAAGACCAGAUACAGUUCAUAUAGCAAAUCUUCCCAUUCGUUGGUUCGUUCAUGACAGAGACCGUGAUGAAGAUGCUCCUCCUUCAGAGAGUAUAAUAAAGAAAGUGUUUGAGAAGUACGGGAAUAUCCGGCAAGUGGAUGUUCCAGCAGCUGAUCCAUUUAGGAUGCAAAUGAAGUCUUCUAUGAGAGGGAUUUCAAUACCUGCAGCAGAUUCAGCAUUAUAUUUUGAAAGUUAUAUACAGUUUAGUGAGUAUGUUGGGUUUGUCCGGUGCAUGGAUGCACUUAGAGGCAAGAAGCUGCUAAGAAAGAAGGAAGAUAUUGCAGAGUGGUGUGGUAUUAGAGUAGACUUUGACAAAACCAAGCAUAUGACGGAUGCGGCAGUAAAACGAAGAGCAAUUGUUCGCGAGAGACUGGCGACGCGACAGAGAGCCAAAGAGGAGGAAGAUCAGGCUGAGAAAGAUAAAAUUGCGAAGAGAGAAGCUAGAGAAAGACAAAAAUACGAGCGUGCCGAGAGAGAAAAGCUGGACAGAAUGAGAGAGAGAGAAGAGAGACGGAAGAAAAAGCAGCUGGCGAAGUUGAUGGAGAGAGAUGACGUAGAUCUGAACAGCAAGGUGGCCGAGGAGCAGCGAAAGUUGCUGAAAGCGCAGAAGAAGCUGCAAGCUAUUCGACUGAUCGAAGAGCUGUUUAAAAGGAUAGAGUUGCGUCCGGAACUCCAGCGGCAAGUGAACGGUCACGCAGGAGAGCGCUACUACAGCGCGGGCGAGCGCUCGGCGCGCGCGCGCAUCGUGGAGCGGUACAAGCGCGCGCACGAGCAGGCGCUGGACGGGCAGCGGGCGCGGGUGAAGGACGCGCUCGAUGGUCGCAUAGUAAUCCGUUCAGCUCUGGAGACCAAGAAACCGAUUCGCGAGCGUCGCGCCUCGUCCCUCAGCUCGCUGUCCUCUGGCGAGAGGGACCACAAGCGCGUCAAGACGGAGCGCCUCACCACGCCCGAGCGACACAACGAGUUUAAUAAGGCUGCAGGCAUGUACGGAAUGCCGGGCCCCUACGGCUUCGGCUACCCAUUCGCCGCAGUGCCUCCGCCCGGAUACUUCCCCCCGCAAACGCCAGCGAUGUACUACCCGGUGCGCGGCAACUACUACCCGCCGCCGGAGGUGUACGCGGGGCGCGGGCGCGGCGCGCGGGGGCGGGCGCGCGGCCGCGGGCGGCCCGGCAUGCCCUACUUCCACGGGCCCGACGCCAGCCACCAGUACUACAAAUACUUCAAGCGCCUGACAGAACAAGAGGGCCGCAACGAGCACUGCACCCGUCGAUCCCGCUCCCGCUCCCGUUCCCGCUCCCGCCGGCGCUCGUACACCCGCUCCCGCUCCCGCCGCCGCUCCUACAGCCGCUCACGCUCACGCUCGCGCGAGCGGCGCAGCCGCAGCAGGAGUCGGCGGUCACGGACCACGAGCCGCUCCAGAUCUCACCACAGCCGGUCGCGGUCCCGGUCUCGCAAGCGAUCCCGGUCACGUCACUCGAGGUCCAGGUCCCGGUCGAAAUCCAAACACCGGUCGGUCAAAACCCCGGACAAACCGCCCAGUGCAGACAGCAGCAAAUUCCUGUCUCCCAGCAAGAUGAGGAAGCAACGGUCUAAGAGCUGGUCACUCCCAAAAGAAGGAGAAAAGAGCUGGUCGACAAGCCCUAAGAACAAAUAGCAAACUAUAAAUAUAUUUAAUGUUUAGUAUUA